ACCUGGUCAGAAACCUCCGGAACGCGCGCUGCACUCCAACAAAUCUUUCCUCUUUUUCCACCACCAUCCUCCCCUCCUCCUUCCUAUGUUAUGGUCAUCAGUUACGGCUCGCCCUUGGCCGUUGUAUUUCUUUUCUUGCAAUCCCAUUUUGCGCUGGCCCACGUUGCAUCGUGGGCCGUGUCCACUAAGUUGGUCGGGGCCGGGCACGUGCGACCUGGAGCAGUCCGUCUCGUUCUGCACUGCCGCAGGGCUGAUGGAUCGAUUUCCGGAAACGUGAGAACAUUACAUAAAGAGCUAUUAUUUUGCGCAUCCACGGAGCUCCUCCAACUGGAGUUCCCUCCUGAUACGCUUCCGCACUAAAUAGCGCUAUCGUGGCUCUGCCGCCCCAGCUGACAUACCGCUUAUAGCACAGGAAUGCACCAAAUCACCAUGGCCAACUACUGAUACACAGUUGUGAAGAGUACGAGGUCGAAAUCAUGUUGAUGAUUGAGAGGACCGAAGGUUCCCGUGCCUUGUCCACUAG